AUGGAUGGUGUCCUGUCGCAGGAGGCGCCGGCCUCGUUCGUGAGGAAGUUCUGCGGCAACGCCAGCUGCGGCAGCUACAUCGCGGCGUCCUACGUCAAGUUCGUGGAGGGCGGCGGCGCCAGGGUCGUGCCCGUACGCAUCGGCCAAACGAGGGAUUACUACAGAGCUGUAAUGAGACAGAUAAACGGAGUACUGCUACCAGGUGGUGGAGCGGAUGAUUUCGACCGGCCUGGUGGCUAUGGAGAGGCUGGAGCGCACAUAUAUGAAGUAGCCAAAGAGAUGAAUAGACAGGGUGACUACUUCCCACUGUGGGGGACAUGUCUUGGAAUGGAGCUAUUGGCACAUGUUUCAGCUGGGCGACAUCUUCUCAUUACACAAGAAGAAGUGGAGCUUCUUAUUCCCACAGCUGGCCAGAAUGUCUGGAACUCAGGAGUUUGUACAGCUGGAGCUCUGAACAUGACGGAGUAUGGUAUUUUACAUAAGUGGCACAUCUUGGCUAUGAACCACGAUGUUGAGGGAAUGGAAUUUGUUUCUGUCAUUGAAUCAAGGAAAUAUCCAUUUUAUGGAAUUAUUUUUCACCCUGAGAAAAAUGCUUAUGAAUGGGCUACUGAAAGAGACAACCCUCACUCUACAGAUGCUAUAAAAGCCAUGCAGUAUUUCAGCAACUUUUUUGUUAAUGAAGCACGGAAGAGUAACCACUCUUUUCAGUCUCGUGCAACUGAACGAAAUUCGUUAAUUUAUAAUUACGAAAUUAAACAUACAGGAACAGCAUCUGUUUUUGAACAGGUUUAUUUCCUUUAG